AGGGUAUUCGCGAUACUACUGAAAAGAAAAUCCUGGAAACAGUUUGCAGAAUCGGCCCCGUCGACUUUCUUCUCUGCAGCGGAAUGACGCUCGAAUUGUACCCCGCGUCGGCGCACGAUGCGUUCCAUGGGACAAAUGUCCACUACCUGCGCGAAGUUGAUGAAGCCGUGCAACAGAUACACGGUGCUUGCAAGGGCCUGGGCACAGACGAGCAAACUUUGAUCGCGGUGCUGGGCUCAAAAUCACCAGAGACGCGCAACUUGAUUUCUCUACGCUACAAGGAACUAUACCAGCAGCCGUUGAAGAGUUUACUUAAAAGCGAGACGUCGGGUGACUUUGGUCGGCUGCUGCGUAUGAUCUCCACGCCGCUGGCUGAGACGGAGGCGCAGAUCCUACGCGAUGCCACCAAGGGCAUGGGCACGACCGAGAGCCUCAUCGUGCAGAUUCUGUCGGGUAGGACGAACGAGGAGAUGAACAUCCUCAAGCGAACCUACUUCGAUCUGGUGGGCAAGGACCUUGCUGUCACGCUCAACUCGGAGCUCAGCGGAGAUUUCCGCAAGGUCGUCAUGGCCAUACUUCAAUCCUCUCAAGAACCGUACAAUCCGGCUGUACACAACGCGGCAAAAGCCGAGGAAGAAGCUGUAGCACUCUAUAAAGCAGGUCAAGGUCGUCUCGGUACCAACGAGGAAGUCUUCAUUGGAAUCCUAGUCAAAGCCCCGCCUGAGUUACUAAAGAUGAUGGACGCUGUGUAUGUCGCCAAGUACAACAACAACAUCGCCAAGGCAGUGGACAAGGAGUUCAGUGGUGACGCUAAGAAGAGUCUCAAUUACCUGGUUCGUUCCACUCUCGAUCCGUAUCCUGCUAUCGCGGAAGUGUUUGAAAAGACCAUGAAAGGAUUCGGAACGGAUGAAACGGGACUUAGUACGGCACUAGUACGCUACCAGUCCGUGUUACCACACGUGAAGGCUGCAUACAAGAGACUAUACCACGAAGAGCUCCGUGAUCGUAUCAGUGGGGAAACCAGUGGAGAUUACAAAAAGCUAUUACUUGAGGUGUUUGACGCACCCCUGGAUCCACCCAGAACGAAGAAUAAAGGGCCUAGUGGAGUCGCUUCCUCUAGUGGGGUCAAUACAGGACCUACGGGGGCUAACCCGCCGGCUUAUUUGUCGACCCAGACGUCGUAUGCUGCCUCGAGCGCCAGUUUGCAGUCAAGUCCCUCUUUCGCAUACCCAACUCCAUCAGCGCAGCAACCUUAUGGCCAAUCUUCCCAAGCCACCCCUGUUCAAGCAGCCUAUGGUGCCGUUCCGCACCAAACGUCAAUUCCUCAGCCUGGUGGAUAUCCAUCACAAGCACCGACAUCUCAGCCCGCGGGUUAUCCGAGCGGAAGCAGCUACCCUGGUCAAAGCCCAGCUCACGGCCAAGAUCACUCAGCACCUAGCUAUCCGUCUCCACAGCAGCAAUAUGCACCUCCCGGACAGCAACCUCCAAGUCAGCAGUACCCGCAACACUCGUCACCUGGGCGACAACCACCGAACCAGUAUUCACCUGGGCAGCAACAGCAGCAGCCUCCAGGCCAACAGUAUCAGCAAUACCCAGCUCCUGGAGGUCAGAGUCAACCGUACCAGCAGUAUGGAGCGUCCUCCGGGCCACAACAUCAGUCCCCAGGCCAAUCGUACCAACAGUAUCCACCCCCUGGUGGCCAACCACCAAACCAGCCAUACCAACAGUACCCCGUUCCUGGACAGCAGCAACCUCCGAGCCAAGCGUAUCAUCAAUACCCACCGCCACAACAACAAACUAGUUACCCUCCAAGCUCCUACCAGCAGUAUGGCGCGCCGCACGACCAGCAUCAUCAGCCACCGAGCCAGCAGUACCAGCAAUAUCCACCACCCGGCCAGCAGACGCCGUCCCAAUCGUAUCAACAGUAUGCAACCGCUGGACAGCAACCACCGACUCAACCAUAUCAGCAAUAUCCAGUGCCGCAACAACCCGGUUACCCUCCAAGUCAGCCGCAACCGUACCAGCAGUACAGUGCUCCGCCCGGACAACCGGGUUACCCGUCUCCGUACGGAGCUGCGCCUCCUCCCCAACAGCAUGGUGGCUACCCACCCCCGCACCAGCCGCAGCACGGAUAUCCUCCGUACCGAGGUGUGUAGUGUAGGAAAUCAUGAACCAGUUGGCUCAGCUACUUUCAGCUUAUAAUGUUCAUGCUAUGGAUCAGUAACGAACAAUUGUAUUUUGUAUUUCGAAGUAUUUGAUGAUCCGAGGUGUACCAAAAGUAAGAGAACUUGAGAGAGCGCUCGUUCGAAAGACAUGUGGAU